ACCUCGCUUUCCUUCCCAUUCAUUCUGGACUCAGUUGGAUUCAUACAUGCUGCCUCGGGUUUUCUUCGACUUUGCAAUAGGCACUGAGCCUGCAGGGCGAGUUAUUUUCGAGCUCUACAACGAUACAGCACCAAAGACAGCUGAAAACUUUCGAGCACUAUGUACGGGAGAGAAAGGCCUUUCUGCUGUCUCCGAACGGCCUCUGUACUACAAGAAUAGCAUCAUUCACCGUUCAAUUCGUGAUUUUAUGAUUCAGGGUGGAGACUUUACGAAACGAAACGGCGCCGGGGGAGAAUCCAUCUACGGCAGUGCUUUCCCUGAUGAAGACUUGACGCGACCUUUGGAUUCAGAAGGCCUCCUUUGCAUGGCCAACAAGGGGCCUAACACCAAUGGAUCACAAUUCUUCGUUACCCUGAGAGAUUGUCCACAUUUAAAUGGCAAGCAUGUCGUAUUUGGCCGGGUCAUUCGCGGAUACGACGAGGUCAUUAAGAAUCUUGCUGUGGUUCCUGUAGAUGAGAAGGAUAGACCUCAGCACCCUAUCGUUAUCGUCAACUGCGGUGAACUUGAACUCAAGAGGAAGGUUGAGGCGUCUCAAGAAUCAAAUGCAGAAAUUCCUAGUCGAAGGGGCCACAGCAGUCGCUCGCGCUCACGAAGUUCAGAUCGUGAUCGUAGCACUCAAAAGAAGAAGAAAUCCAAGCGCCGAAAACAUGAAAGAAAAGCGGAUGCCAAAUCGGAUGAUGAGGGCCGCAAGAAUGAUGACGAGAAGGCUCCUAGGCAAGAAACCGAAGAGGAGUAUGAUGCCAGACUUGAGAGAGAGGAGCAGGAGCGGUUAGAAGAGGCUAAGCGAAAGGAACUAGAGCGGAUCAAGCGCAAAUAUGAAUCUACACCCCCUGCGAGUGAAGGAGGUGUGCGAUUUAAAGGACGGGGACGAAUGAAAUUCAUUGACCCCGAACUUCACCAUCGACGGUAGAAUAUCUUGUUGACAUUAUACUCUCUAGUUUGUUAUACCAUGCUCAUUAACAUCAUGCGCA